UGAGGAUGUGUGUCUGUAGUAGUCUCUGGAACUGACCCUUUGUCCUUCGUCUCCCUGCAGGUUUGGGAUUUGGCUGACACGGAAAGCAAAGGGUACUUAAACAAGCAGGAAUUUUUUGUAGCCUUGCAGCUGGUCGCCUGUGCGCAAAAUGGCAUGGAGGUGUCACUCAACAGUAUCAAGAAGGUGGUUCCUCCUCCCAGAUUUCAUGACACUGCAAGCCCUUCCUUGGUAGCUGCUCCCAUCUCUGUGGAUCUGCCAUGGGCUGUCAAGGCUGAAGAAAAGGCCAAAUAUGAUGCAAUAUUUGACAGUUUAAGCCCUGUGAAUGGAUUUCUGUCAGGGGACAAGGUCAAACCUGUGCUGCUCAAUUCCAAGUUGCCUGUGGAAGUGCUGGGAAGGGUCUGGGAGUUAAGUGACAUUGACCAUGAUGGACUUUUAGACCGAGAUGAGUUUGCAGUUGCAAUGUUUUUAGUGUACUCUGCUUUGGAGAAAGAUCCAGUUCCUAUGAUUUUACCUCCUGCAUUGGUGCCAUCAUCCAAGAGGAAAUCCUCUGGUCCUGCCUCAUCCUUGCCAAUCAUACCACCACUGCCAAUGCCACCGUCUAAGGAGCCACGACAUUCGCUGCCACCUGUAGGAAUCCUCCCCACUAAAGCACCUGUUACCCAGUGGGUUGUGUCACACAUAGAGAAAACAAAAUAUGAAGAUAUCUUUGUGAAACUUGACAAAGACCAGGAUGGCCUGGUGUCUGGUCUGGAGGUCAGAGAGAUCUUCCUUAAGACUGGGUUGCCAUCAGGACUUCUUGCCCACAUCUGGUCUUUGUGUGACACAAAAGAUUGUGGAAAACUUACCAAAGAACAGUUUGCAUUGGCCUUUCACUUUAUCAACCUGAAGCUGCUGAAAGGUACCGAUCCUCCUCAGGUCCUCACCCCUGAAAUGAUCCCACCAUCUGAAAGAUCUGCUGCACCUAAGAGAGCUGAUCAUUUCCCGGUAUGGAAUGUUCCUUACUCCUUUUCUCCUGGUCCGCUCUGUGUCCCAUCAGCUCCUAGUCCUGUUGCAGAUUUCUCCGCAAUCAAAGAGCUGGACUCCUUAAAUAAUGAAAUUGUUGAAUUGCAAAGGGAGAAGACGAACGUGGAGCAAGAACUGAACGAGAAGGAGGAAACGGUGAAGAAAAGGACCAGCGAGGUUCAGGAUCUUCAGGAUGAGGUGGAGAAAGAGAAUGCUAAUUUGAAGAAGCUCCAAGCCCAGAAGCUGGAGGUAGAGGAGGUGCUUGCAGGUCUGGAUGAGCAGAAAGCAAAACUGGAGAAAGAGUUACAGGAGCUGAGAUUGAAAUGUGAGGAGGAGGCAAGACAGGUCUCUGUUUUACAAAAUGAGGUAUCAAGUCAGGAGAGACAGAUCUCCAACUAUGAGGAGGAAGUCAUUAAAGCUAAGGAGGAGCUGAUCCAAUUGCAGGAGGAGACUGUACAGCUGGAGGAGAACCUGGCACAGGGAAAGGAACGGCUCACGCCACUGGAGAAACAGUUGCUGGAAUGUCAGGAAGAGCUGCAAUUAGCAAAGCUACAAAAGACUGCUGAGAAUCACAUAAAUGAUCAAAUUCAGCUGAGCUGGCGUCCUCAUUUAGAUCUGGUCAUGGUCAAUGGUACUGGAGAUCACUCAAGCCUAAGUAAUAGUAGCAGUGAGCCUGCCAAUCUUCAUGAGAACCCAGAGUAUGAGACCCUGGCUCAGGUAGAAGAUCAGAACCAAAGCUCCUCGGUAAGGAGCAGUCCUGAUAUUGCCCAUACAUCAGGGAGUGAUGCAGAGGACAAAGAUGAACACAAUAAUGUGCCUGUUACUCUUGACAAGGAGGUCACGUUCCAUGUAGAUCCUUUUGAAACAAAACAAAGUGCACCGCCUGCACAGCCUGUGCCAGAGUCGGGACUGGACUUCUUCCAGAGUGAUCCUUUUGUGGGCAGUGAUCCAUUUAAAGAUGACCCUUUUGGUAAAAUAGAUCCUUUUGGCGGAGAUCCUUUUAAAGAUUCUGACCCAUUUGCCACCGAUGUGUUUUUCAAGCAGCCUGCAACAGAUCCAUUCUCAUCCUCCAAAGCAGAUCCUUUCCCAGCCACAAAAGCAGAUAAAGUAGAUCCCUUUCUGCCAUCUAAAACAGAUCCCUUUUCAUCUUCUAAAGCUGAUCCUUUCACUUCCUCCAAUGAGGAUCCUUUCAUGUCAUCAAAAGCGGAUCCCUUCUCAGCUGCAGCUUCAGAAAAUAGCGUCUCCUCGGUGGAGGCUCUGAAUAGCAAUGACCCAUUUGCCCCUGGAGGAACUUUUGUCCAAGCAGCCAGUCAGUCUGGGAGUGAUGACCCAUUUGCUUCAUUUUUUGGUAAUGAGUCUUUUGGAAGCGGAUUUGCUGACUUCAGCACACUUUCUAAGAACAAUGACACAGACUCUGCUGAUGGCACCUUACCCCUUAAAGAAAAAGAGACACUAAACAAUAAAGGCACUUUUGAAACAGAAACCCUACAGACAGAGACGCCUCCUGCACUGCCACCGAAGACUGGAACUCCUACUCGGCCAUGCCCUCCUCCUCCAGGCCAGCGGCCUCCCUCAAGGCCAGAAGACUUGUUCAAGCAUGGAGAUCCUUUCCAGCAGUUCAAUCUCAGCUUCCCCAAACAGGUGGAAUCUGAACCUUUCACUGCUUGCAAAGUGGGAGACAAUUCCAGCAGCCUCAGUAGCUUUAACACUUACCAAUCUGAGGACGAUAUGAUCGAAUGGGCGAAGAGGGAGAGCCAGCGGGAGGAACAAGAGAGGCUGCAGAGACUAAAGCAGCAGGAGCAGGAAGACCUGGACCUCGCCAUUGCACUCAGCAAGUCUGAGAUCUCCGAGGCGUGA